AUGUCGCUGUUGGGAGCAUGGACGCGUGGCGUCAGCUUCGGGUCGCGGUCGUUGUACGCCGCAUUCCCGAGGCAGCCGUGCUUCCGAGCUCUGCACGGAACGAACAUCGCGGCGAAGCCACUCCUCAGGCAAAUACCUCGCAGUAGCCCCCAGACCCUCUGGACGCGUGCAAGCACAUUACAGGAUGCAUUCCGACGUGUCAGCCUGCUAACGCAGGGGAGGAACCUGAGCCUUCGUGCAACUCGCCGGCCACCAUUCGACCCUCGCUUUUUCUCAAAUAACGCUGCUCAAGUAGCCCCAGAACUCCCCGUCCUGUCUCCUCCGCCCGUCGCUGGCUGGUUGAUUUUCUCUUCGGUCCUCGUCUUUGCGGUUAUUGUCGUCGGAGGUGUUACUCGCCUGACCGAAUCUGGUUUGAGUAUCACGGAGUGGCGCCCGAUUACUGGUAUCCUACCGCCGCUUUCGCAAGCGCAAUGGAACGAGGAGUUUGAAAAGUACAAGGCUACUCCGGAGUUUAAGCUGCUGAACCACUCCAUUACCGUGGAUGAGUUCAAGGACAUUUUCUACAUGGAAUGGGGCCACCGCGUCCUCGGCCGUCUCAUCGGAAUUGCCUUCGUCGUCCCUUUGACGUACUUUGUUGUCCGCAAACGCCUCUCAGCAUCCAUGCCAAAGCAACUCUUCGGCAUGGCGCUGCUCAUCGGUGCGCAGGGCGUUCUCGGAUGGUACAUGGUCAAAUCGGGUUUGGAGGACUCGCUCAUGGAGAUCCCGGGCGCGGUGCCGCGUGUCUCGCAGUACAGGCUGGCGGCACACCUCGGCACGGCAUUCGUCCUGUAUGCGGGGAUGUUUUGGACAGGGCUUGCCGCGCUGUAUGAUUGGAGGUACGCUAAGAAGGGAAAAUGGGGUGGUCUGAAGGGCGAUGCGGCACAGUGGAAGACUAUCCUAGAGAAUCCCCAUGUCAAACGAUUUGCGCGAUACUCUAAGGCAUUGACCGCAUUGGUCUUCAUCACAGCGCUGUCAGGAGCUUUCGUCGCUGGGCUUGAUGCCGGACUGUUGUACAACGAGUUUCCGCUGAUGGGCGGGCGACUUGCUCCUCCGAAAGAUGAGCUGUUUUCUACAGCAUAUGCAAAAGCGCCCGAUGGCUCAGACAUCUGGUGGCGAAACAUUUUCGAAAACCCCACGACGGUCCAAUUCGACCACCGCUGCCUGGCCAUUACAACCUAUGCAGCUACAUGGUGGCUGUACGCCAUGACGCGCAAGCCUGCUCUGCGCGCUGUGCUUCCGCCUCUCGCAAGGCGUAUGGCGAUCUCGGCCUUUGCAAUGGCAAAUAUCCAGGUGCUCCUCGGUAUCUCGACACUUCUGUACCUCGUGCCCAUCCCUCUCGCUGCUGCACAUCAAGCAGGCAGUGUCCUGCUGCUAACAACGAUGGUGCAACUGUUAUUGGCGCUCAGACGACCUGGCGCUGCCGCGCGAAUGUGGAGGCAGGCAUUGCAGGCGAAUGGGAAGUAG